UCAACUACGCGGAACAAAUUCGAGUGCAAAACACCAAGCGAUACAAGUAAAGCGAAAUACCUAAAGUAUUUGUCUAACAUAUAGACAAACAACUAGUCGGUAGUACUAGGACCAUCCCUAGUGAAAACAAAAGUGACAAUUAUCCAAUAAAGAGUGCUUUCAACUGUGGACGUUACCAAAGUGCAUGCAAUUGCUGAAAUUGCAAAAUUGCAGCCGCAAAUAAUUUUCAUUGCAGACCAACAAUUGCCUAUAAAUAGCCCAUAAGCAACAAUAAAUACACCGACACGAGCCGAUGCCUGCCCAUACACACGCCCAUAGACAAUAGAUCUUAGAGUGCAAGCCCCGCAACAAUCAGCCAGAUUAGCGCACACACAAGUCUUUUUUAAGUAUUAGAAAAUCAUUAUGGAUAAUUGGAACGUUUUGGCAGCGCAAACCUCAUCCCAGGCGAUUGGACGAGAUGAGACGGUGGUCAAGACGCGUCUGACAAUUGAGAAGCUGCCCGACAAGGUGCUGUUGCAUAUAUUUUCGUAUCUGUCGCAUCGGGAGAUUUGUCGUCUGGCCCGCAUCUGUCGUCGCUGGCGGAAGAUCGCCUACGAUACGCGUCUGUGGAAGAAUGUUUCGCUGCGGCCGGAGGUCUCGGGGCUGCACGUUGGCUCUCUGGAGAUGCUGCUCUCACUCAUUUCGGUGCGAUUUGGGCCAACGCUGCGCUACAUCGAGCUGCCCAUUGAGCUGAUCACGCAUACGGUGCUCCACGAGCUGUCGGCCAAAUGCCCCAAUCUAACCCACAUGCUGCUGGACUUUUCAACGGCCAUGCAGUUGCACGACUUCAGCGAGAUGCAGGCGUUUCCUACCAAGCUGCGCUACAUGUGCAUCUGCCUGUCGGAGGUGAUCUUCAUGGAGGGCUUUAUGCGCAAGAUCUACAACUUUAUCAACGGCCUGGAAGUGCUCCACUUGGUUGGCACCUACGAGAAGUGCGAGGAGGAGGAAGAGGAAAUCUAUGAGGUCAUCAAUGUGCACAAACUUAAAUCGGCUACGCCCAAUUUGCGCGUGAUCAAUUUGUAUGGCAUCAAUUUCAUAGACGACUCGCACAUUGAUGCCUUCAGCUCCAAUUGCAUUCAGCUGGAGUGCCUGGCGGUUAACUUCUGCAACAAGGUGACCGGGUCCACGCUGAAGACUUUGGUGCAGCGCUCGAAGCGCUUGACCUGCCUGCUGAUGAAUGGCACCAGCUUGAAGUCAGAGUUUGUGAUGCAAGUGGAAUGGGAUAAGUGCGCGCUGCAGGAGCUGGAUAUAACGGCCACCGACUUGACCACCGAGUGCCUGGUGGACAUGCUGACUCGUAUACCCAGUCUGAAGUUCCUCUCGGCAGGCCAAAUCAAUGGCUUCAAUGAUACCGUACUAAAGCAAUGGAUGGAGCAGGGCAAUACCAGAUCCCUCAGCUCCUUGGACUUGGACUCCUCGGACAACAUCACAGACGAGGGUAUGCUCAAGUUUCUGCAGCGCCACGGUCACCAGCUGAGCGCUUGCUGUCUAUCCGGCAUGCCACACAUUACGGAUCAGCUCUGGAUGAGCAUACUCCCCAUGUUGGGCAACUGCAAAAUUAUCGUAAUGGGUACGGCUGAGAAGCUGGGCGUCAAUAUACACGUGGAUCAGCUGAUGGACACAAUUGCCACCAACUGCGGCAAUCUGGAGCGUCUGGAGCUGCGCUGGGAUCCGGACAACUUGCGAUUCUCCGACAAGAGCCAGAAGGCAAUCGAUAUACUGCGAGUCAAGUGUCUCAAGCUGCGCUGCAUGGUCUUGAGCGAUGGCCGUUACUAUGAAACCGUGAAGGCCAACUUUGAGCGUGCCGAUCGCACCACAGUGGUGCGCACCACCACCUGCUGUCGGGUCUCGCCAUAUCAUCUGUUGCGUAACUACAACGACUUGAUUUUCAACUAAAGACCCAGUCAUAAACUCCCUGCUCAAGUAUCUAAUCGUUGUCAAUUGUUAAACUGUUGGUAUCCUAGUUAUCCGUGCCAAGCAGCUAUCCCCAAGGAAACAGUUGUUCCUAUUGCAAAUAUAAGAAACAAUUUUGUUCGAUUUAAGGCAAUUUGUAUUUUGGUUAACAUGUUGCAUUACAAAAUACUUGACAUUAAGUUACAUAUGCAUAUGUUUUAUAUACAAAUUUGAUACAAAUCGCUGACUUUUUAUACAUAAUCUGCCUAACAAGUUUUGAUCCAAUUAGUCACUUUCACAGUGUGCCAUGGCUUCACCGAAAGCAAAAUCUAGGAUGUUUAAA